AUGAAGGGUGUCGGUAUUGCCGCUGCUGCGGCGCUGGCUGGUUCAGCAUCCGCCGGCGUCCACAAGAUGCCACUGAAGAAGGUUCCAUUGUCAGAGCAGCUGGAGAACGCCAACAUUGGCGACCAGAUGCACGCUCUUGGCCAGAAGUACAUGGGUAUCCGACCGCAGCGCAACAUGGAAGAGAUGUUCAAGGAGACCUCCAUCAAGCCGCAAAAGGGCCACCCAGUUGCUGUCAGCAACUUCUUGAACGCACAGUACUUCUCUGAAAUCCAGAUUGGUACACCACCGCAGGACUUCAAGGUUGUCCUGGACACCGGUAGCUCAAACUUGUGGGUGCCUAGCCAGGACUGCGGCUCGAUCGCCUGCUACCUGCACUCCAAGUACGACCACGGCAGUUCGAGCACGUACAAGAAGAACGGCUCCGACUUUGAGAUCCGCUACGGCUCUGGUGAGCUCGCUGGCUACGUCAGCCAGGACACCGUACAGAUCGGUGAUCUUAGAAUCAAGAACCAGUCCUUCGCUGAGGCUACUUCCGAGCCGGGUCUUGCUUUCGCCUUUGGUCGUUUUGACGGCAUCAUGGGUCUUGGCUACGACACCAUCUCUGUGAACCACAUCACCCCACCAUUCUACAACAUGAUCGACCAGGGUCUGCUUGAUGAGAAGGUUUUCGCAUUCUACCUUAGCAGCACCGACAACGGUGAUGAGUCAGAGGCCAUCUUCGGUGGCAUCAACGAGGACCACUACACUGGUAAGAUGACCAAGAUCCCUCUUCGCCGCAAGGCUUACUGGGAGGUCGACCUUGAUGCCAUCACCUUUGGCGACCAGACCGCUGAGAUCGACGCUACCGGUGCUAUUCUCGACACCGGCACUUCCCUCAUUGCUCUCCCAAGCACUCUUGCUGAGCUCUUGAACAAGGAGAUCGGUGCCAAGAAGGGCUACAACGGCCAGUACACCAUCGAGUGCGACGAGCGUGACUCGCUGCCUGAUCUCACCUUCACCCUCACUGGCCACAACUUCACUAUCGGCCCGCACGACUACAUCCUUGAGGUUCAGGGCAGCUGUAUCAGCUCCUUUAUGGGCUUUGACAUCCCUGAACCAGCUGGCCCUCUUGCCAUUCUUGGUGAUGCUUUCCUCAGGCAGUGGUACUCGGUCUACGACCUCGAGAACAACGCUGUCGGUCUUGCCAAGGCGAAGUAA